ACCGCAUUCAACUAACUGGAAACAUGUUGACGCUUCUCAUAUUGUUGGCUCUCUUCAUUGGCCUUGUCUAUUUCUGGCUGCACGAACACUACGCCUACUGGCGCCGUCGAGGCGUUGCAGGGGAACGUCCGGAAUUCUUGCUGGGUAACAUGCGUGGAUUUGCACGUAGUCUACACUGGACGGAGAUUAAUCAGCGUAUUUAUGACAAGUUCAGGCAGAGGGAACGCUUCUGUGGCUUCUUCACAUUCUUCAGCAAGGCGCUGUUUGUUAUUGAUCUGGAACUGAUCAGGCGCAUUAUGAUCAGCGACUUUAAUAGCUUUGCGGAUCGUGGACUCUUUCAUAAUGUUCGCGAUGAUCCUCUGACCGGGAAUCUGCUGUUUCUCGAUGGCGAUAAAUGGCGCUGGUUACGCCAACAUCUGACUCCUGUUUUUAGCUCGGGUAAAAUGAAGUUCAUGUUUCCCACAAUCGUGAAAGUGGGCGAGCAAUUAGCUCAAGCCGCCGAUCAGUCGCUGGGCGAAUUCGAAGCUAAGGAUUUGUGUGCCAGAUUCACGACCGAUGUCAUUGGCAGCUGCGCCUUCGGCUUAGAGUGCCACAGUCUAUCCAAUGCCAAGUCUGAGUUUCGGCAAAUGGGACGUUCAGUGACGGAACAGCCGCUCCAUAACAGCAUUGUCCAGGCCUUUAUGUUUGCUCAACCGGAUCUGGCCCGUCGCCUCAGGAUGCGACUCUUUCGACCCGAGGUGAGUCGUUUUUUUAUUGAGACAGUUCGUCAGACACUGGACUACAGGGAGCGGGAAAACAUCAAGCGCAAUGAUCUCAUCCAGCUGCUUAUCGAGCUGGGCCAACAAGCGAAGGGAAGCGAGCCUGGACUUAGUUUUGAGCAAAUUGCUGCACAGGCCAUGGUGUUCUUUCUGGCUGGAUUCGAUACCUCCUCCACAACCAUGUCCUUUUGCCUGUACGAGCUGGCCCUCAAUCCUGACAUUCAGCAUCAAUUACGCAUGGAAAUAAAUGACAAAUUGGAAAAACACAAUCAAGAGCUGAGCUACGAAUGCCUCCAGGAGAUGACUUACCUCAGCCAGGUGGUGGCCGAAACAUUGCGCAAGUAUCCUAUACUUCCGCAUCUGCUGCGACGCUCUACUAUUACAUACAACGUGCCUGGGAGUAAGCUCAUCCUGGAGCCGGGUAUGCGAGUGAUGAUACCGGUGCAUAGCAUACACCAUGAUCCAGAAUUGUAUCCCGAACCCGAACGCUUUGAUCCAUCCCGCUUUGAGCCUGAAGCAAUUAAAUUGCGACAUCCAUUUGCGUAUUUGCCAUUUGGAAAUGGACCUCGCAGCUGCAUUGGCGAGAGAUUUGGCCAAUUGCAGGUGAAAAUUGGUAUUGCAACCCUGCUGCGAUAUUAUCGAUUUGACGUCACACAGCGAACUCAGAUUCCGCUGAAAUUCUCAAAACGCAAUUUCCUUAUUGCCACACAGUCUGGCAUUCACCUUAAAAUGGAACGACUUGAUGUCACUAGUUUUGCAUAUUUUGAGCUGAACUUUGUACUGCAGCUGAUUAAGAAGAGCUUUAUAGGCUCAGUCAUCAGAACAGUUGUAAUUGAAACGCGGGAAAUGCUUGAUGUAAUUGCACUGCUAUUAAUUGCACUGGCCAUUGGGUUCUGGUACGUGAGGACCAGGCUCAGCUAUUGGUCACGACGUCGCAUUAGCCAUGAGCGACCUACGUUUCCCAUGGGCAACUUGAAGGGAUUUCGAAAGACCAAACACUUUAUGGAAAUUCUGACGCCGCUUUAUGAACGCUUUAAGAUAACCGGUGCACCAUUUGCGGGAUUCUAUAUGAUGCUGCGUCCUGUGGUUCUGGUGCUGGAUGUGGAGCUGGCCAAACAGGUGCUGAUCAAGGACUUUGCCAACUUUGAGGAUCGCGGCAUGUAUCACAAUGAACGCGAUGAUCCACUCACCGGACAUCUGUUUCGGAUCGAUGGACCCAAAUGGCGACCGUUGCGUCACAAAAUGACUCCCACUUUCACCUCUGGCAAGAUGAAGUUCAUGUUUCCCACAAUCUGUGCCGUGGGCGAUGAACUGGCUCAAGUCUGUGGCGAACAGGCAGAAAAUGCAAUAUGUGGCAUUGUGGAGAUGACGGAUCUGAUGGCCAGAUAUACUUCAGAUGUGAUUGGUAGCUGUGUCUUUGGCCUAGACUGCAAUGGACUUCGGAAUCCAAAUGCCGAGUUUGCUGUGAUGGGUCGUCGGGCAUUCACGGAACGUCGUCACAACAAACUGAUCGAUGGAUUUAUUGAGAGCUUUCCCAACUUGGCACGUCGUCUGCGUCUCUGCCAGAUACACCAGGAUGUCACCGAUUUCUAUAUGCGCAUUGUGCGGGACACUGUAAAGGAGCGCGAGACGAAGAAUAUUGUGCGAAAUGAUUUCAUGAAUCUCCUCAUUGAGAUGAAGCAUCGUGGCGAACUCACGCUGGAGGAGAUGACAGCUCAGGCAUUUAUAUUCUUUGCCGCCGGCUUUGAUACAUCGGCCUCUACUUUGGGAUUUGCCCUCUACGAGUUGGCCAAGCAGCCGCAACUGCAGCAAAAGCUGAGGCAGGAGAUCGAGGAUGCACUGCAGCUGCAUGGAGGAGAAUUCACCUAUGAGGGUAUGCAGGAGCUGCGCUACAUGGAGCUGGUUAUCGCAGAGACACUUCGAAAGUAUCCGAUACUGCCGCAUCUUUCACGCAUUUGCCGUCGUUUCUAUAAUGCCAAGGGAAAUCGACACUUUUAUAUAGAACCUGGACAAAUGCUGCUCAUACCUAUCUAUGCCAUACACCACGAUCCAGAUCUAUAUCCGGAACCAAACAAGUUUAUACCCGAUCGUUUUCUGGCGGACCAAAUGGCACAACGUCCCACUGCGUCCUGGCUGCCCUUUGGGGAUGGACCCAGGAAUUGUAUUGGCAUGCGAUUCGGCAAGAUGCAGACAAGUGUAGCCCUGGUCUAUCUGUUGCGACGCUUUCAGUUCAGUGUCUGUCCCCGCACCGAGUCCAAGAUUGAGUAUAUCAAGUCCAACAUGUUGUUAUGUCCAGCAACUGGCAUCUUUCUGAAGGUUGAACAACUGCGAAAUUAAAGUAGAAAAAAGCGCAACUUACUUAUCGCAUGAGAUAAACUAAUGUACUUAUCCCUAUUUUUACUGACCACUCCUAACUUUUUCGUUGUAAAUCGUAUUUAAAGAUCCCAAACAUUAUUUAGGUCACAUUGAAAAAUAAAUAAAUUGCUUGAGAUGCCAUUUACUUGUAAAA